GCGUACAUUCAACUCCGACAACAACCAGCUAGUUUGUUUUUGUUUAUUUAAGUCAGAAUUAGUGGUUUGGUUGAGGUUCGGAUUUGCGAAUAUUGUAAAAAGAGAAAGAAUCCGAAGGCAGCCUGAGAGAAAUAGUCGCCUGACAGAAACUGCGGGGGGCGAAAUAACGUGCAAGUCGCUGACAAAUGUAAAGGAUUUGCGUGCUGAGCGUCGUGUUAGCCGAAGCUCCUCUGUGACUGAGGUCGGGUCGGAGCAGCAGCGGGAUGACAACGUCUCUCCGUUGUGCCGGCUGAAUGACUGAGUUGAGCAUCCUCGACACUUCCUGUUGGUCUCAAGCUGUCAUGUGUACAUCCAGCCACAUCUGCUGACAGCACACACAUCCGGGCAACAGGGGGGCAAAAGAGGGGUCUGCCAUCUCUAAACACAGGAAUCCAGAGGGUGAUGGUGAAGCAUAUAGUCCCCCGAGGAUAUGACCAUAUUGAGCUGUAGAGGCUAAAUGCUCUUGUGGACAGUAGUAAUAAUAUAAUGGCCCUGGGAACUCCUACCUGAAGGAGCACUUGUUCACCUAUCUGCCCCUGUCCAGCAGGUACUCACAGCCUUUCGCUUGAGAACCGGUUUGCCACAGGAAUGCCUCUUUGCAGCUUUCCGUUUCCCCCUCAGAUCACUUUGCACAUGCAGCUACCUCCUCAGUGUUUUUUGCUCCGCGGUGAAGGCAGGAUAAACUGACUCUGUUGACAAAAGGUGGAGACAGCUCCCUGCGAAGUGUUUUUCUUCCUCGCGUUCACAGCCAUAAGCUCCCCUAUCGUUAGGGUGUCCUGCAAAAAUGACGUCGGAGUGGGGUGAGAAAUCCUCAGCGGACCUCAUGAGCAGGUAUGUCUCCAAGGAAAUGGGAUACGGAGUGCCCAAGGAGGGUUGGCGUAUCUGCCUGGCACACGAGUUCAAGGAGAAGAGAAAGCCCUUUCAAGCAAAAGAUGUCUCGCUGUCCAACGUCUUGGAGCACAUCGGUCUUGGGAUCAGGUAUCUAAAAUGGUGGUACAAGAAGACCCAAGUGGAAAAGAAAGCCCCGUUUAUUGAUAUGUUUGGUGCACAACCCUUGCGUCAAAUAUAUGGUGCUCCGCUCGGGGGCAUUGGAGGAGGUACCAUUACGAGAGGCUGGAGGGGGGAAUUCUGCAGAUGGCAACUUAACCCUGGGAUGUACCACUACAAAACUGUCACAGCUAACCAGUUCACAGUGUGUUUGCGUCGCGAGGGGCAAACAGUUUACCAGCAGGUGCUGUCUGUAGAACGUCCUCCCACAUUACAAGGCUGGAACUGGGGCUAUUGUGGAGAGUAUGCCUUCUAUCACGCUUUGUACCCCCGUGCCUGGACCGUCUACCACCUGCCGGGACAGAAUGUCACCUUAACCUGCAGACAGAUUUCCCCAGUCAUCCCCCACGACUACCAGGACUCGAGUCUGCCAGUGGCAGUAUUUGUGUGGGACAUUGAGAACAAAAAUGACUACGCUCUGGACGUCUCCAUCAUGUUCACUGUGGUCAACGGGUCGGGACACAAGGACGACAAGAGCGGGGGACACUGGAAUGAACCAUUCCACUUGGAGAAGGAGGGGGAGGCGGUGUCUGGGGUCUUGCUACAUCACUGCACUACAGUGAACCCUUACACUAUGUGCAUCGCAGCCCGAGAACAGCCUGACAGGGAGGUCAGUCACCAGACAGCGUUCAGUCCAAAGGGAACCUGCAGUGGCCUGUGGAGUGACCUCAUCACUGACGGACGACUGGACUCUCCCACAGGAUCCAGCCCUCCGACGCCUAAGGGAGAGAAGGUGGCGGCAGCAUUGGCUGUGGGCUGCUCGGUUCCGGCUCAGAGCCGCAACACCCUGGAGUUCUGCCUGUCCUGGGACAUGCCCAAAAUCACCUUCGGCUCGAGGGAGAGGGAACACAUCAGGAGGUACAGUCGUUACUUUGGGACCAAAGGGGAUGCGUCCCCCUCGCUCAGUCACUACGCCCUAACACACUACAGACAAUGGGAGAAAAGCAUUGAGGAGUGGCAACGACCCAUACUACAGGACAGUUCUCUCCCCUCCUGGUAUAAGUCAGCCCUGUUUAAUGAGUUGUACUUUGUGGUGGAUGGAGGGACGGUGUGGACAGAGCUACCAGAGGACGCUGAUGUCAGCGGUGGCGUGCGCAGCGAAGACGGGGGGCUGCCAGCUCAGCCCGCUGUCGUCAAGGAAUACGGACGUUUUGCCUACCUAGAAGGUCAGGAGUACAGAAUGUACAACACAUACGAUGUGCACUUCUACGCUUCCUUUGCACUUAUCAUGCUGUGGCCCAAACUCGCCUUGAGUGUGCAAUAUGACAUUGCCGGCAGUGUGGUUCACGAGGACCCAACAGAGAGGAUGCAUCUGAUGAGUGGGCGGUAUUCUGCUGUCAAGGCCAAAAAUGUGGUGCCUCACGACAUAGGAGACCCAGAUGAUGAGCCAUGGCAGAGGGUGAAUGCCUACCUCAUCCACGACACAGCAGACUGGAAGGACCUGAACCUGAAGUUUGUCCUGCAGGUCUACAGGGAUUUUCAUCUCACCCAGGACAGCCAGUACCUGCGGGACAUGUGGCCUGUCUGCCAGGCGGUGAUGGAGUCAGAGCUGAAGUUCGACCUGGAUGGAGAUGGACUGAUAGAGAACUCGGGAUAUGCUGAUCAGACCUAUGAUGGUUGGACAGUGACUGGACCGAGUGCGUACUGUGGUGGGCUGUGGUUGGCGUCCCUGUGUGUGAUGUGUAAGAUGGCCAGACUGGUAGACAACGAGGAGACAUACCAACAUUACAGAGACCUCUUGGACAGGGGCAGCGCUGCUUUUGACAAACUGCUGUGGAACGGCAAGUACUACAACUAUGACAGCAGUGGGAGAGACCUUUCUAAUAGUGUCAUGUCUGAUCAGUGUGCUGGCCACUGGUUCCUGAGAGCAUCUGGGCUGGGAGAGGGAGAAUACCAGGCUUUUCCAAAAGAAAAAAUCCAGAGCGCACUAAAAUCUGUCUUUGACUUGAAUGUAAUGAGCUUCGCUGGAGGCCAGAUGGGGGCAGUUAACGGCAUGCGUCCUGAAGGAGUGCCUGACCGCUCCAGUGUCCAGUCAGAUGAGGUCUGGAUUGGGGUGGUGUAUGGACUGGCAGCCACCAUGAUCCAUGAAGGUAUGAAAGAGGAGGGUAUGCGCACAGCGGAGGGUUGCUACCGGACUGUGUGGGAGAGGCUGGGCAUGGCCUUCCAGACCCCUGAAGCCUACUGUGAGAAGGGCAUCUACCGCUCUCUAGCGUACAUGAGGCCUCUGAGCGUCUGGGCCAUGCAGUUAGCCCUGAACACCUCUCAGAAGGGUCAAACUACAUCAGCUCAAACUGGAGCCACGGACGGGGAGAAGGGACAGGAUUUGAGACAAAAUCAGAGCUAG